AUGGGAGGCCUGGCGGCGGACGUGGGUGCCGAGGGGGUGAAGGCUCCAGACGGCGGGUGGGGCUGGGCGGUGCUCACCGGCUGCUUCGUCAUCACCGGUUUCUCCUACGCUUUCCCCAAAGCGGUCAGCGUGUUUUUCAAAGAGCUCAUCAGGGAGUUCGGGGUGGGAUACAGCGACACGGCCUGGAUCUCCUCCAUCCUGCUGGCCAUGCUCUACGGCACAGGUCCUCUGUGCAGCAUCCUGGUGAACCGCUUCGGCUGCCGUCCGGUGAUGAUGGUGGGCGGCCUCUUCGCCUCUCUGGGGAUGAUCCUGGCCUCCUUCUCCACCAGCAUCAUCCACAUCUACCUCUCCAUCGGGGUCGUCACAGGUUUGGGGUUAGCCCUUAAUUUCCAACCGUCUCUCAUUAUGCUCAACCGCUACUUCAGUGAGAAGCGUCCCCUGGCCAAUGGGCUGUCGGCGGCAGGGAGCCCCGUGGCCCUGUGCUGCCUCUCGCCGCUGGGCCAGGUCCUCCAGUACCAGUACGGAUGGCGGGGGGGCUUCCUCAUCAUGGGCGGCAUUCUACUCAACUGCUGCGUGUGCGGGGCCCUCAUGAAACCUCUGGUCGCCCCCAAGGCGCUCAAGUCCAAGGACCUGGAACAAGACAAAAAAGAAGAAGGAACCGGGAAGACGGAGAAGCCCAAAGCCAAGCUGCUGGACUUCUCCGUGUUCAAAGACUGCGGAUUCCUCAUCUACACCGUGGCGACGUCCAUCAUGGUUCUGGGGCUGUUUGUGCCCCCGGUGUUCAUCGUGAGUUACGCCAAGGAGCUCGGGAACGAGGACACCAAAUCGGCCCUGCUGCUCUCCAUCCUGGGCUUCGUUGACAUCUUCGCCCGGCCCACCUGCGGCGUGAUCGCCGGACUGAAAUGGGUGCGUCCUCGAUGCGUCUACCUCUUCAGCUUCGCCAUGCUCUUCAAUGGACUCACCGACCUGGUCGGAUCACAGGCCAAGGACUACGAAAUGCUGGUGGUCUUCUGCAUCUUCUUCGGCAUCUCCUACGGCAUGGUGGGCGCGCUGCAGUUCGAGGUUCUCAUGACGAUAGUCGGCACUGAGAAGUUCUCCAGUGCCAUCGGCCUGGUCCUCCUCAUGGAGGCCAUCGCUGUGCUGGUGGGUCCGCCUGGUGCAGGACGCCUUCUCGACGCCACCAAGAACUACAUGUGGGUGUUCCUGCUGGCAGGAAGCGAGGUGGUGCUCUCCGCCGUGGUUCUGGCCACUUGCAACUUCCUGUUCAUCGGCAACAAGUCCUCGGCAUCGGCGGACGAGCCGGACGGCGGCGCGGUGACGGAAGACGCCAAGACAGAGGUGUUGUGCAGCAAGCCUGCAGAGAUGAAUGAGGAAGAAGAGAAGGGAGCAAGAGAGGAGCAAGAGAAGGAGACGAAGGAGGAUGAGACAGACAAAGAGAGAGCACAGGAGGUCAAGCCAGAGAGCGCAACAGAAGACUCGCAGGAAGUGGAAAGGUUCUUGAAUGAGCCACAACAACAUGGCUGCUAGUACUGAAACAUGCCUGUGAUCAGGGAUGCAGGAUGUUUAUGCCUUUUAUUAAAUAACCCACCAGCAGGAUCAAGGGAACCUUGAAGUGUUCUCAUGACACUAUUGGAUAGUUACACAUUCCUCGAAAUCAGUGUCGGGCGGGGGGCCGAUUGAUGUUUCCAUAUAGAAUAAUAAAUGUUACGUCAGCAAUAUUUCAUCACUGGAUGUUUCAUAGGAUAACUCAGUGUUAGCACUGCCUUGUGUCGAGCAAUAGUCUCACGUUGAUGUCGCCACCAGCAAAUGUCAAGGGGGUGAUUUUGACGAUGUUCUAUAUUUGUCAGCAAAUCCCUUAAGAAAAUACCAGAGCUACAGAUGGAAAUGAGGUUUUAGCUUCAUGGGGGGAAAUGUAUACAUAUUCUGGGCAUUGUACUUGUGAAUGCCCCCAAAAAAGUCAAUCAAUUUAUUCUACACAAGGUGCCAAAUAGGCCCUGAGAUGGACUGGCGGCCUGUCCUGGGUGAACCUCGCCUUCGCCCAAUGUCGGCUGGGAUCGGCUCCAGCGCCGCGCCACCCUAAAGAAAGAAUAAUAAGCGGUUUGGAUAAUGGAAUGGAAAGGUGCCCAAUAGAACUAUACUUGGUUCUUUGUCUCGUCCCCUUUGGAGAAUCAUUUUUGUUUGUUGGUAGAACCAUUUAAUAUAAAUGUUCAAUCUUAACCUCUUUCAGAGGGUUCUACGAGUACCACCAUGUAAAGGUUCUACCUGGAACCAUCUGAGAACUGUGAAAGGCUCUACGGAGAACUUGGAGGAUCUUCUAACAGAAAAUCCCUGAAGAACUCUUUGUUCCAAAAGGGGUUCUUGGGAUGAAAAGGCUUCUUAAUGAAACUCUUAAUCUCACAAAGAACACUUAAAACACUCAAAAAGGGUUCUCCAGACGAACAUCCACCCUUCAGGAACAACUCCUUUGGAAAACGGUAGUUUUGAUGUAAUGUGAAAUGAACUUAAGCUCAUUCGUGCGUCUACGCUAGCGCCGUAGCGGGUAAUAGAGAGCUAACCGCUCACAAAAAUCAGCCAGUAACAUGCUAGCAGCUAGCACUGGUCACACUCACUCUCACUGUCUUAGCUAGGUUGCAUUCUUGCUCACUAUCAAACCACGUCUCAGUACAACAGUUACGACUUCCCCAGAGUUGAGUCAGCAUUGGAAUAAAGUGGAAGGUGCAUUGGGCUAUGCUAGCUGACCAUAGAUCUCAGCUGUUUGCUGAGAUCUAUGGUAAGCUAGCAUAGCCCAAUGCAAGACUGCGGUCUACGGUAUUUUUGAGGCAUUUUAAAUGUGGCCGAUGGCCUAACAUGCAGUUAGUUUGAGUGUUUUCAUGGGAUAGAAUAACGAUAGUCACGCCGGUGUAACGUAUUUCCAAAAUUGGAUGUCUGGUAAAGUAAUAAUUCAGCCAACGCUCUUCUCUCGUUCUCUCCUUUCCAACCGGAGGAUUUAUUCUCUGAUCACACAUGUGAAAUACAAGCUCGAUGCGAUUGCAAUCACAGCGAGAGUCCUUCUCAUGUUUAUUCUGAGGUUUGAAGGGACCUGGACAGGAUCGUCCAAUUCAAUAAUUCAGAUUAAUAUUAUAUGAACACCGGUCUAACCCCUUAAACAUGGAAGUAUUAGAACGUGUGAUACCAAGUCAGAGUUUAGUCGUGUGAGUAGGAGCGGCUUCAUUUGCUUGCCGUGGUAAGUGUUUGCUGUGAAGACGUUUGGUGACGGCUCCCCUCACUUCUCAUCACAGUACAACGUGUUCCUCCUGUGCCUUCACAGUAGAGGUGGGCUUCACGUUGAAGUGAGACGUGUUUUCUGUCGUAAUCGGUACUAAAUGGUCGCUACAGGCUUGUUGUUGGUCUCGUGAAGUAGCUUUUGUGAAUCCUUCUCGGGUUAUAAACUGGGCUCAAACAUUCUCCACAUAUUUGUUCUGGCUUUCAUAUUAUGAUGGCCUUAUGUGUUUUUGAAGAAAUGUGACAUGUUGACCGUGGUUAAAUGACGAUAUCGAGCUUCGCAAAUUUGCCCAUUUGCCCUCAGGAAGCGGACAUUGUGGCCUAAGAUGUUGCGCAACAGCAAAGAGAGAAGCUGUCAGUGGGGCAAAACAACUUGGAGGAAGAGUCGCUCAAUUAAAUACUCUAUUACUUUUUCCUUCAACUCAUGCUGCCCACACGCUUGUGUGAUGUGCACCGCUCGUGUGUGUUUCAGUGAAACGGGACGGUCAAAGGAAGAGUAGCUUGCUCUUCAGCUCCAUAGAGGAGUUAACACAUUUCAACCGGGGUUCCUCCAACACCUCGCGUGUUAGGGAGGUUAACAGGAAAGGAGAAAAGCAUCGCUCGGCUUCAGAAUGGGCCAUAAAGUAUUUAUUUCAUCAUUUGAGGGUGAGGCUGGUCAGCUGGACAAGAUACCACAACAAUGGUGUGUUGUUGUUGUUGCUGUUUAACAAUACACCUGAAAUAUAUACUAGGGAACACGAAAAGAAUACGCAUUUUAUUUUUUUUAAUGCUUCUAUAGGAUUCAGUUAAAUAUUGUAUUUAUUUUCAGAUGUUAUAGAUUAUUUUAUUCUAAUGUAAGACGCCCUCUCCUAAAUGUAUUUUGUUCUGUCUUAUAAAGAAACUUGA